CUGAACUGAUCAGUGACCACGAGCAACUCUUUAAAACUAGGUUAGAAUGGUUGGGUUAUUUUGGUAUUUUAGUACCAAUUUGAACUAGAAUAGUAAAUUUAGGCCAGGGUAGGAAAUAAGAAAUACCGUUCGUAUCGUAGGAUGAUUCUAGAAUUUCUCCUACAGUUAUUGCAAGCGAUGUUUCAUGUAUUUUCAUUUAGUAGAAAGACACUUUCUAAUUCGCUCAACAUAUACAUCAAGUCUAGCAAUGGUAAUACGUUAUCAGUCUCAUUAGAUCCAAAGUGGGACAUAAAGAAUGUGAAGCAAGUAAUAGCUCCUAAGUUAGGCCUUUCACCAGAAGAAGUGAAAAUAAUUUUUGCAGGAAAGGAGUUAGAGGACUCAACAGUUAUUGAGGACUGUGAUCUCGGAGAGCAGAGCAUCCUGCAUGCCGUCAAGUCCCGGCAGGAUCACACGGCGCGAGCUUCCAAGCCACUCAACGAGGCCCUCAAGGAUCUGCAACUGGGGAAGAUCAGUGAAGCGGACGAUGCCAUUGAGGAGAGGGUCAUUGAGCGAAGGCGUGUCCACUUCUACGUAUACUGUGCGACGACGUGCACAGGUGUGCGUGAGGGCAAGCUGCGUGUGAGGUGUUCGGCAUGUAAGAGCGGUGCCUUCACUGUAGACAGUGACCCCCGGUGCUGGUCUGAUGUCUUGGAUCACCGUAAGAUUUCUGGCCACUGUGAACAGGAAGGCUGCCCGGAUGGACCAGUAGGCUGGGCAGAGUUCUACUUCAAAUGCAGUGAACACACCAGCCAGGGGGAACGAGACCAGGCUGUCCCUCUGUACCUCAUCAGAGCCAACCUGCGGGAAGUUCCAUGCCUGGCCUGCACCGAUGUCAGUGAUCCUGUGCUGGUGUUCCCAUGUGAGGCGAGCCAUGUGACCUGCCUUGAUUGUUUCCGUCAGUACUGUGUGUCCAGACUGCAAGAGAGACAGUUUGUUAGUGACGCACAGUUGGGCUACACACUGCCCUGCCCAGCUGGCUGCCCCAACUCUCUCAUUGCUGAGUGUCACCACUUCCGGCUGCUGACAGACCAGCAGUACGCCCAGUACCAGAGGUUUGGAGCUGAGGAAUAUGUCCUGAAGGCAGGAGGCGUGCUGUGUCCCCAGCCUGGUUGUGGAGCUGGUAUCUUGGCUGACCCUGACUGUACCAGGAUAGUAUGCCAAAACGGCUGUGGGUUUGUAUUCUGCCGGCUUUGUCUACAAGGCUACCACAUUGGCGAAUGUCAAACGAGGGAACAGAUUGUAGCUUCUGGCAGCUCCAGUUAUUCUGUGGACCCUAACAGGGCUGCUACUGCUCGGUGGGAUGAGGCCAGCAGAGUGACUAUCCGAGUGAUGACUAAACCCUGUCCCAAGUGUCGGACCGCCACAGAACGUGAUGGGGGCUGCAUGCACAUGGUGUGUACCAGGUGUAACUUCCACUGGUGUUGGGUGUGCCAGACAGAAUGGACCAGGGAUUGUAUGGGUGCUCACUGGUUCGGCUAAACUGCUGGCUAGCCAACCACUACCUAAUGUGCCUUGUACAAAUUAUU